ACUCCAUGUACGUUAGUUAUGUGUUGCAUUUUUAUUUCAUCGAGACUAUAUUUAUAUUUUUAAUAUAAAAAAAAAGAAAAUAUUCUUUAUUCUCCUGAAGUAAUUGCUAUUUGUGUGUGUAAAUAUGAAGCCGACAGCUGAACAACAAUUCUCUGUAUUUGCUCGUGUAGCUUCAGCAAUAUUUUACGGUAUUUCAUCGUUUUUGAUAACCGUUGUGAAUAAAACAGUGUUAACUAGCUUCGAUUUUCCCUCUUAUCAAUUCCUCGGCAUUGGACAAAUGUUAACAACAAUAAUUGUUCUCUUCGUCGGCAAAAAACUCCACUAUGUGAACUUCCCUAACCUACAAGCUGACACAUUUACAAAAAUUUGGCCACUGCCAAUCAUCUUCAUAGGAAACAUGAUUUUUGGACUUGGUGGCACGAAGCAGAUAAGUCUUCCAAUGUUUACUGCACUCAGGAGGUUCAGCAUUCUUAUGACGAUGAUCGCUGAAUAUUAUAUUCUUGGUGUCAAAGCUGGAACAAUUGUUCAGGUUAGUGUUUAUACCAUGGUUUUUGGUGCUCUGGUGGCUGCUUCCAACGAUCUCGCCUUCAACUUGGAGGGAUACAUCUUUAUUCUUUUAAACGACUUUUUCACCGCUGCCAACGGCGUGUACACAAAGAAAAAAUUGGAUUCCAAAGAACUAGGAAAAUAUGGCCUCAUGUACUACAAUUCCCUAUUUAUGAUUAUACCAGCGACCAUACUUGCCUGGUGGUCGAGGGAUCUCGAAAAAGUACUUAUCUUUGAAUACUGGAAUGAUCCACUCUUCAUUAUUCAAUUUUUCCUUUCGUGCAUUAUGGGCUUCGUACUUUCAUACAGUGUGAUUCUUUGUAUGCUUUAUAAUUCAGCCUUAACGACAACUAUUGUUGGAUGUCUAAAGAAUAUUUGCGUUACCUACAUCGGCAUGAUUAUUGGCGGUGAUUAUAUUUUUUCAUUAAUCAACUUUUUAGGACUCAAUUUAAGUGUAAUUGGUAGUUUAAUUUAUACGUGGAUUACCUUCCGAAGAAAAAUUGAACCAGCCGAAGCGAAAUAUUCUCCCUUGAAAGAAGAAACCGACUCGAAAGGCGAAAUUGUUUGAUCUUUAAGAACCCUUCUCGUUUGAGAAGGCUGGAUUUUCAAUCCUCAAAUGUAAAUCCAUUUUACAAAUGAAAAUUAGAUCAUUUCAAGAGUUCUAUCUGUUUGUAAAGAAAGUUUUAUAAAGUGAAGUUCAUAGUGCAAAAGUUUGUAAAGUUUGUACAUUUUGCCAAUGUUGAAAUGCAUAACUUUCUUUACAAUUAACUCUUUCGUUUUGCUCAAAAAAGUUUCUUCAUUUAAGAGGCAUUAUCGAAAAUUACAGUAUUUUUAAUUACCAAAUUAUAUUUUCAUUAAAAUAUUUUUAACUAUUUAAAGAGAUCUUAAGAAAAUAUUGUAAAUUAUUGACAAUUAAUUAGUGGAUGAUUGUAUAUAAGAUGAAACUAUUACGAAAUAUAUAUGUAGAAAUAAGUGAAUGACGUAAGUGAGAAGAUGUCCUUCGAAGUAAGGAAGCAAUUCUUGUUCUUGAAUUAUGUAUCAUAGGAAAGAAAUUUUAAUGCUUCUUCUUCUUCUUAUUGAAUGUGGAAGAAUCUUAUAACUUUAAGUAUUUGAAAUCUCAAGUUUUGAACUUGAAACAUUUUUACUAUAAGUUAUUAAUAUAUUGAAACAAAUUCUAUAAUUAAAAAUUAAAAUUUGUUUCAAAUCAGAUUUCAAUUAAAUGCAAAAUAAAUAAAAAUUUAUUGUUUACUUAAUGCUUUAUUAUCCUUUUGGAGCACGCUUGAUACACAGUGAAGUACAUCUAAUCGAGUUGUUUUUUUCUUAAUUACCUUCGUGCUAAAUAAUCUUUUUACCACAGCCUAACGCGCCCAUAUAUAUCCCUAAGCAUGCAGUUUCUUUUUUCUUUUCUUUUUUAAUUUGCAAUGACAAAAAAUUAUUUUUUCCAAAAUUAUGAAGUAAUGAAAAGCGGGGCGCAUGAUUAUUCCCCAAAAUUCAAUUUCAUAAUUUUCAAAACAUCAAAAUUCUUAUUAUCGAAAUUAAAACAUGUCUGACUUGAAUUAUUUUUGGGUAAUCAAAGUUUAAUUGUAUAGUUUUCUAGUCUUUUAUUAACUUAAUCUAUAAGCAGAUGUUUUUUAACAAACAUUAAUAUUGAGGUCCCUGAAGUUGUCGUGAAUGCCGAGCAUCGAAAAACCUUUUUUUUCACGAAACUGAAAAGAAUCACAUAAUUUUUCUAUAGAUUUUAGAUUAAAAAUAAUUGUUACCUAUCUUUUCGGAGAUUAAACAAAGUGAAAUUAGUUAAAAUUUUAUCACUGAAAAUAAGAAGAAAUAAUUUUAUAGACAUUCCGCAAUAAUUACAACCUUAGGGACCUUAAUCUUGAAAUAAUUAGAGAAACUUCUACAAUGUAAAUAAAUAAAUAAAAAUAUAAAUGAUUAUCGAUAUUUUUUAAGAAAAAUUAAACUUUGAGUCCCCCAUGCAACUCAUUGUUAAUGCUAUAAAGCAAUUAAUACCUAUUGUUUAAUAAAUCAAUAUAACAACUAA